CGCAGCUGGGUAACCUGAGGCCACACCAACUUCCCCGCCCCGGGCCGGCGCUGGCGCUGAGGCCUCGGUGGCGUGGUGAUGGCCGCCUCGCACCAACCGUUGUCCUACAGUCUCCAACCAGUAAAUCCCAACAUUGGAGCGCGGGUCGCCCCGUAUGAACGCAAGGGCCUUUUAGAGUCUCUGGCGGCGGUAGUGGCGGCCUUGGAUGGGGAGGAGGAAGAAGAGGAAGAAGAAGAAGAGCAUAAGGCGGUGCGGCGGGCGCCGGCGCUGACUAAUUUUAACACCAUUUCUGGGAUGAAUAAACAACCAUGUAUAAGCUAUGAGGACCCUAUGGACUUUUCUGAUAUUUACCACUCUAAUGAAGAAUAUUUCAGGAAACUAGAAGAGCUGAAGGCCGCCCACAUGGAAACUAUGUCAAAGUUGGAGAAAAUGUAUCAGAAUAAAUUAAAGUUAAAGGAAGUUCAGCCAGUGAUAAUUAGGGAAGGAGCUUCUAGCACCUCUUCCAAGUCUGUAUCAGAAAAGAACUCCUAUCACCCUAUCUCGUUAAUAACAUCGUUUUCAGAACCUGAUUUAGGUCAUGCUUCCUCCUUGAUUGUGUCUUCCUCUGAAGAUGAAUGGUCCAACUUAGAAAAAGAGAAUCCUGAGAAAAACAGAAUGAUGUCCUUUGCUAAGGAGCUCAUUAACAACAUGUGGACAAACUUUUCUGUUAAAGAGUACAUUCAGUAUAAAGAUGAUGACUUCCCAGCUGUGGAAAAAACAAAGAAAAAACCAAAAGAGUGGGUGCCAAAAAUUACAGUACCUGAGCCUUUUCAAAUGAUGAUUAGAGAACAGAAAAAAAGAGAAGAGAACUUGAAAUCCAAAUCAGAUAUUGAAAUGGUACACAAACUACUCAAAACACAGGAAGAAGAUUCAGAGUGUAAGAAAAAAUUCCGAGCCAACCCAGUUCCAGCAUUUGUCUUUCUACCCCUUUAUCAUGAUAUAGUCAAGAAAAAUGAAGAACGGAGGAGGAUGAUGAAGGAGAAGAAUAAAGAAGCUCUUUUGGCUUCACAAAAGCCAUUUAAGUUUAUAGCAAGGGAGGAACAGAAGCAAGCGAUCCGGGAAAAGCAGCUGAGAGACAUUUUUAAGUCUAAAAAGAAAACAAAUCGAUUUAAAGCCAGACCUAUACCUCAAUCUACUUAUGGUUCAACUACCAAUGACAGGGUAAAAGGAUAUGAGCUCUAUAGAAACAUUAAGACACAGCCGAGAGCCCAAGAACUUUUACUGAAUUCAUCCCCUGUCCCUUGUAGACCAGCUCACAGAAGUUUUGCUGCAAGGAAGCCCAAGUGUCCUGAACAGGCUGAGAAGUUGAAGUGUAAAUGCAAAUCUAGGAACCAGACUGCUGAUUUUGGAGAACUUCCCGAGAGAAAUCAAAAGCACCUCUCAGAACAGAAAUGUCCAAAAUUUCUAACAGUCUGCAAACCAUUUGAUCUUCCUGCAGCCUCACAUGCAUCCAUUAAAAGAGAGAAACUUUUGGCAGAUCUUGAAGCAGAUGAUGAAAACUUAAAAGAAACACGUUGGCCUUACAUGUCUCUAAGGCACAAGUCACCAGUAAGGAGUCCAAAUGCAAAACCUAUGCCUUAUAAUGGCAGCCUUCCAAUGCCCACAAUAUCUUCCAGAGGAAGAGAACAAGCCACAAGGAGAUCGCUUGAGGAAAAGAAAAUGUUGGAAGAAGAGAGAAACCGGAUCCUAACUAAGCAGAAGCAAAGAAUGAAAGAAUUGCAGAAACUCCUGACAACCCGGGCUAAGGCUUAUGACUCACAUCAAAGUUUAGCUCAAAUGUCUAAAUCCAGAAUAGAAUCUUUCAGAAAGAGUGAAAAGGAAAGGAUGAGAGAAUACCGACAAGAACUAGAAGAAAGAAAAGAAAAAUUAAAGACCAGGCCAUUACUAUUUGAAAGAGUUGCUCAGAAAAAUGCAAGAAUGGCAGCAGAAAAGCAUUAUUCUAACACCCUAAAAGCACUAGGAAUAUCUGAUGAAUUUGUUUCAAAGAAAGGCCAAAGUGGAAAAAUAUUUGAGCCCUUCAGCAAUCAAGAGAUGAAAAGUUUCACUGAAGAUAAAGAAAGCUUUAAUGAAGAAGAAAAUGUAGAAGAAAGAGAGGAUGGGGAAGAAAAUUAUUUUACUGAAACCAACAGCCAAGAUUCUUGCAUGGAAAAAGAUGAAGCCAGGGAAGAGAGUGGAGAAAAGAAAUCUGUUGAAGAAUAAAACAAUCGGCAGGGCCUCCUCUCUGUGCCUGUGCUGUGGUUUGCAGCACCCAGUGUUGGCAGCCUUGCUUGUGUCAGGAACACGGAUGGGACCUCCUCUGAUGUGUGCAGGGCUCUUGAGCCAAGUCCAAAUCCAGCUGAUUGGUCAUUUGGGCAGAGUAAGGCUUUGCCUAUUCAGUUUUUAAAAUUGCUACAUGUGGUCGGUUUGCAACUUUGAGGUUACUUUUAUUUUUAAAAAAUGUUUGAGAAUCACGCUGUCACAGACAGAUUAGUUAUAAAAAUAUACAUCAUGUCAUUUUUUGCUAGAAAAAAUGGCUUAGCACUGAGAGCAGAGAGGAAGUAUGGGUCUUUACUGAUGUUUGAAAAAAUUUUUCUGGAAAGUGUGAAUCAAAUAUUUGAAAAUUACACUAUUUGCCCAUUCCUUUUCUCUACAACACGUCUCAAAAAAUUAAUCCUCAAACUUAUUUUACUAGUUAAGUUUCUUAUCUGGGCCAUUUUUAAAAAGUAAUAAAAUAUAGAAAAAAUAGAUAUUACUUGCAAAUUUACAUUUACUUCUACACUGAAUAGUUUACUAUUAAAUUAUCCACACUAACUUUUUAUCUUUAGUUUUAUUCCAAAUUAUUUUUGAUAUAGGAAUUAUUAGAAAAGUUUUUAUACUCAUUUUUUAAACUGCGUAUUAUGACAGAUGAAGAUAAUUAUAGCAUCUGAAUCAUAAUUUUAAUAAAUAUCAACCCUGCUUUAAAUGUGAUGAAAUUGUGUAUAAUAACUUGUCCAUGGCAAAUUGCCAAAGUAACCCAGACUUACUUCUUUACUACUAGACCCAGUGGUGUUCACCUUUUUACAUAUUAUUGCAGACAUACUUUGUCUUUCUGUGUAUGAUGUUAAUUUGAUUUUAUGAAUCUAUUUUUUUCCUCUUUAAGCAAAUUUUCUGUUAUAAGAAUUCAAAUGAGUCAUAAAGAUGUGACAGGGUGAGACAUUCUAUUUUAUGAAAGCAAUCAACUUCCUUUAAAGAGCAUGAACUAAUAAAGGUGUAUGUAAUAGCAUUGUUUCUCAACUGGGAGUCUGUGCUUUAAAUGAAGAAAUAAAGUGAUGUUUCCAAUCAGGGGCAAAUGUUUACUUGUAAUUCCUUUACUAUAGUUGGUGUUAAACCAUUUGUCACUAUCCUUAGAUUGUAAACUCCUUGAGAGUUGGCACCACUUUAAAAUUCAUCUUUGUAUUCCUUUAAUAUUUUACCUAGGACUGUGUAUAUGGGAAGUGCUUAAUAAAGGUUUGG